CCCGCAAUAAUCAUCCUCACACGGCAUGGCGAACCUCAAGGGCAAGGCCGGGCAGAAGAAGAAGCCGGGCGACUUCAAGCGGCCCAAGCGCAAGGUCGGGCGCAAGGUCACGCCGUCGAACGUCACCAAUGCGAGCAUCACUUCCCGGCGCAUCAACAUCACGGAGCAAAGCGUGCUCCAAGACAAGACGGGCGCGGCCGUGACCCAUCGCAACCAGACGCUCCAGGACAUCCUCUCCAAGAUGUCGCAUUAUAACGCGCACGUCCGCCGCGAUGCGCUCUUUGCGCUCAAGGAGCUCGUGGGCCUGCAUGGUAUGACGCUUGUCACCAACGUCGGCAUCGUCGUCGAGCGCGUGCUCCAGGCCAUGAUGGACGACGAAGCCGUGGUCCGCGAGGCCUGUGUCGGCGCCUGGAAGGGCUGUCUCGGCAGCUUGACAUCGACCAAGUCCGAGUCGGUGCUCGAGCCGUUCACGUCCUUGAUUGCAGUGUACUUUUGCAGCGGCCUCACGCACAUCAAGGCCGGUGUCCGCGAAGACGCGCUCGAGCACAUUGACGCGCUCCUCGAUCUCCCCGUGUGCGCCAACCUCCUCGCGCGCUGCCUCUCGGCCGACCAGUGCGGCCAACUGCUCGAGAACCUCAAGGACCUCGUCUCGCCCAAGCAAACGACGGUCCAGGUCAAGAAUUCGUACUCGCUCUUGGCCGAGCGCAACAAGGCCAAGCAAGCGCAGCUCCAGACACAGGUGCUCAAAGGCCGCUUCUUUGCGGUGGCAGCUGCCCAUAAAUUUCUCCGCGCGCUCGCGUUCCAAGCGCCGUCGGCGUCGACGUCGUCGUCCACCGUCGCGUCUGUCCCGUCGCAUCCGGCGAGUGGCACGGUCCUGCUCUUUCCGGCGCCGCAAUUUGUUGGGUGGAGUCCGACACCGGCAUCGGCGGUUCAAAAUGCAGCGGCCACCGUCUCUGCGGCGUCGUGGGCGACCAAGGCCGUGACGCUCCUCCGCGCACUCCUCGCGCUUUGGAUGGAAGCCCACGACGAGAGCGCCAACUUGAGCCAGGAGGCGCUCAUGCACAUGGUCCUCAUCGCCGACUGUGCGACAAUGCUCGUGCACGAAGCAUCGGCGCACAUUGAUUCUCCGACGAUGAAGGCAUUCCAGUCGGCCUUUUUUGAAGAUUUCCCGAAAGCGUCGCCGGAUCCGCUGCGCAUCGACAUUUCGACGCUCCACCAUUGGAACGCGCUCAACUUGGCGAUGGCGCAGUUUGGCUGCGAGUGCCUCCGCACCGGUGCAGCGCUGCCAGGCGUCAACCUCGACGAGAUGAUUGCGGCGUUCCUUGCGGCCGAGUUGAAGGAGCUCCAAGCGGACAAGGAGUCGUCGACGAUCGCACACUCGGCCAGCUCGAUGAAGACGCGGCUCGAUAUCCUUUUGCUGCUGCUCGAGCGCCAGCCGCACCCUGCGCUCCUCGCGUCGUUUACCGCGCUCUACACGGCGGCGGCGCCGCAGUCGGCCAUGUUCCGCACCUGCACGUCGUUUGUGCUGCAGUAUUUGACGCCGACGCUCAACGCCGCCCCUGGCACGCUGCUGGAAUGGGACCUCAUCUUGACGUGGAUGCAGCAAAUGGGCAACUUUUUGCAGCUGCCGCACGCCGAGGCGCACCACGAUGCGACGCUGGCCAAGGUAUUUCGUGUGUGCAUUGCGAUCCUCAAGCGUCUGCCGGCCGCGUACCACGCGUCGCCAGCCCUCGCUUCGUGGCUCUCGCGCGUCAUGGCGUUCUUUACAGAGACGACCGAGACCAACUGGGUCGGCAGCAUGUCGCCGUCGACGCAGAUUGAAGCGGCGUCGUGCCUCUACCACCUCCCGUCGUUCCCAUCCGAGUUUCUGAAGACGCUCGCGCUCUGCUGCAAGUCGCCAUGCGUCAGCGUGGACGCCAAGUCCUUCCUUGUCGACAUUGUCGCGACGCACGAAGGUCGGUUCGAGCGCGGCGCGCUCUUGAGUUUCUACCUCAGUACGCUCUUUGCGCCGACCAACCAAGGCAUUGCCGCGCAAGUGUGCCGCGUCCUCACUUGGAUGUCGCUCGGUGCGUCGCUCUCGUCUAUCCUCGCGCCGAUUCUCUCCAAGCAGUCGGUCGACGACCACGCGCUCCCGCUCGUCCUCGCGUACGUGGCGUGCCUCCGGUCGAGCACGAUUGUCUUCCGCAAGGCAGGCCAAGAGCUCGAGAAGCGACCUGUCCCCGACGUGCUGCGAGCCCAGGUCACGAGCGUCUUCGCGCACGUCCUGACGGCGCCGGCGCCAACCUCGCUCCUCCUGCCCCAGGUCGUCGACGGUCUGCUGUACUGCAACGGUGCGUUCGUCGACCUUGCGAGUCACUUUUUCCGCGCGCAGUCGUUGGUCGACGCACUUGGGCUCCUCCGGGAAGCGCGCUUGCGUCCGCUUGUGCUGCUGUACAAGGUCGAGCUGCAAGCGUUCUUGGCCGAUGUCGACGUGACGACAGCCGACGCCAACGUCGUGCGCCAGAUCCGAAACGAGCUCCAGCUCAUCACCAAGGACAUGACGUAAAUCAAUGUGGACCACACCGAGAGACGCGACCGUACCAUGCCAUUGAAUAGUAUCUUUAUUUCUUCGCCACGCUCGAUUGAAGUAGACACCUUGUCUGGUGAGUGUCGAUACCACCCGUCCACCCGUCC